AUGGCUCUUAGGAAGAGAACAGAUGUUUCAGCCGAAUUAGAGGUCAAACUCAGCUUUCGAUGGAGGCAGCAGUAUCGACGCAAAUAUCCUGAUGAAUUCUUGGACAUGUCUAAAUCUAGGGGGAAAGGUGAUUGCCAAAUUGACUAUGUUCCAGCUCCAAGGAUCACUGAAGCUGACAAAAUGAAUGACAGAAAGUUAUUGCAGAGAGCACUUGAUAGAAGAUUGUAUCUUCUUCUAUAUGGUAACAGUAAUACAGCUCCUAGCGGGAAACCUGUGUGGCAUUUUCCAGAAAAAGUUUAUGAUUCAGAGGAGACGUUGCACAAGUUAAUGUGUGCAGAAUCUGCCUUAGAAUCCGUACUCGGAGACCUCUUUCACACUUACUUGAUCGGAAAUGCUCCCAUGGAGCACAUGGUUAUACAGCAGAUGGAGAAUGUGCCUGAACCAUUUAAGGUAUUUCAAGCAAAGUGGUUCCAUUUUUUUUUCGAGUCUCAAGUGGUUGAUACCAACAAGUUCAAUAUCUGGAAGUGCGAGGAAUUCGUUUGGGUGACCAAAGAUGAACACUUGGAGUAUUUUCCUGAACAAGCUGAAUUUUUUCAGAAGAUGAUUAUCAGUUGAUGGCAAAC